AUGUCUCAAACGAGUUAUUACCGAUCACCGUUUGGAGACACGACUUACACCAAAGUGUUCGUCGGAGGAUUAGCAUGGGAAACUCCCACCGAAGAAAUGCGUCGUUACUUUGAACAGUUUGGAGAUAUUCUUGAAGCCGUAAUCAUCACCGAUAAAAACACCGGCAAAUCUAAAGGCUACGGAUUCGUGACAUUUCGGGAGUCGGAUUCAGCGACGAGAGCCGUCGCUGAUCCGAAUCCGGUGAUCGACGGAAGAAAAGCCAAUUGUAAUAUUGCUUCUUUUGGACGGCCUCGACCAUCUCCUCCACGAGGUCGAGGACAAGCAGGAAGUCCGAACCAAUACCAGAGUGGAGGACCAUCAGCCUAUACAGGGUUGGCUGCACCGUUGCCACCAACUGCAGCCACCCAACUCAUGUAUCCGUCUUACGGGUACACCUAUCAUCCUGAUCAAUUUGGGUACCACCAAGCACUGUACAACUCACAGUUGCAACAAGCACAGUACUAUCAACAGCAGCAACAACUAUAUGGAGGGGGAGCAGCAUCACCAUCAUCAUCAUCCACAACUAUCAUGCCUUCUCCUUACUAUUAUGGUUAUUCUCUUCAAGCUCCUAGAGUACCAUACCAACAUCAUCAUCAUCUUCCUCAACCAUAUAAUCCUCAACAUCAUCAACGGUUUACUUCUCCUUUCCUUGUUUACCCAUCCAAUUCCUCUUUUGCCACUCCUCCCCAAGGACUACUUUCUCCUUCUACCGAAUCUGAAGCACCACAACAAGUAUCAGCAGCAGAAUCAGGUACUGAAGCAAUAACGACUGAACCUGAUAUUACAACAAGCAACAAAGAACCGAUCUCUUCUUCUUGA